GGAAAUAGUUUUAACGUAACUGUCACUUUUAAAUAUGUAACCUAACUUGUCUAAAUGGUUUUAUCGUUAAAUAAACCUUUAUGUAGUGUAUUAAACUGUUUAAAUUACACGUGUGUACACAUAAUUCGGUGCAAUCCUUCAAGUGGUAGGGUUGUCAAUAUCAUGGAGCCUAGUACAAGUCAGGUGAAUAAACCAGACUUGUCUCGCUUCAAAAUGGCCCCAAAGCGCCAACUUUCGCACAAAUCUCGCGACACGAAACCUGACACCCAAACCAAACGUGGUAAACGUGACCACAUUACAAUUGGAUCCGAAAUUGCGGAUAAGGGGCCCCCAGAUUGGGAAAAAACCCUUACCAAUAUAAGGGAAAUGCGUAAGAAUUAUGACGCUCCUGUCGACUCAAUGGGUUGUCACAAGUGUACAGAGGAGUCGGCAACUCCUGAAGUUUUCAGGUAUCAGGCACUUUUGGCACUAAUGUUGAGCAGUCAAACUAAGGAUCAAGUCGUGUUCAGUGCCAUGCAAAAACUGCACAAAUAUGGUUGCAACGUUGAUAAUAUUUUAGCAACGUCUGACGAAAAACUGGGAGAACUUAUUUACCCGGUGGGCUUUUGGAAGACCAAAGUGAAACACAUUAAAAAAGCGAGCGAAAUCCUCAAAAAUGAGUACAAUGGGGACAUUCCACGGACAGUCGAAGACUUGUGUAAGCUCCCGGGCGUGGGCCCCAAAAUGGCCAACUUGUGCAUGAAAACGGCAUGGAACGAGGUCACGGGAAUAGGGGUGGACACCCACGUGCACCGUAUUUCAAACAGAAUAGGUUGGGUCAAGACAAAGACACCGGAAGAGACCAAAAAAAGUCUGGAAAGGUGGCUCCCUAGGGACUUAUGGGACGAAAUCGGGGCGCUAUUAGUGGGCUUUGGGCAGCAGACCUGCAAACCGGUGAAGCCCCAGUGUGGCACGUGCUUGAACAACUCUGUGUGCCCCUUUGGCACAAAAGAGGUCAAGAAAAACAAAAAAUAACGUGCCAACUGUUAUUUAUUUCCUAUUUUCUACGUUAAACUGCUUGUUUAAUACUGUCAUAAUCACAACUUUACGCCUAAUCCUAAUAAACGUUAAGUAUUUUUUCGUUCAA